GACGCUGGUUGCUAGGAGACGGGGCUUGCCUGGUUACCGAAGAGAGAAGGUGAGGCAGGCAGGCAGGCAGGCAGGCAGGAGCCGCGGCUGCCGGGAGGAUGAAGCGCCCUCAGUGCCUGUGCCAGAUUUGUACCUGCGGACGCCAUCGCUGCCCUCACAAUCCCACACGGAUUUAUGACCAUGGAGGCGAGUCUUGCGUCGUGACAGAAUACGUAGACAAAUACCUUCAGUAUGGCAGCCUUCCUCCUCCCCAGAGUCUCAAGCCAAAACAGGAGUACCAAAAACAUGGAGGGAAAAUGGAAGGAAUCACAACUUUCAGGUCUGACUACCUUCCGUACGAUGUGGCCAGUCGGCCUAUUCGGGUGCAAGAAGAAUACAAGCCAGCACCCGGAGAUAUAGACCUGGGAACAACUUACAGGAGAGAUUAUAACGCUCACAAAAUACAACCAGUGCUUUUAGUAAAACCUUUAGACAGGAAACGUGUCAAAGGAGGAAAGCUAGAUACAAUACCCACAUACCAAGAUGACUACAGAGCCUGGGAAAUUCAUAGAAGGGAGCCUUACAAAACCGACAAUAUCUACCACCCCCCUACCGAGAAGUUUGGGAAUAGCACUACAUUUCAAGAUGAUUUUUUCCCCAAGGAGCUCACUACUCAAAAAAGUUUUAAGCCUGUCGCAAAGGCGAACGCUUCCGACCAGCCUUUCAACGGCGUCACCAGCCAUCGCGCUGACUACACUGCGCAUCAGUUGGAGCCAAAGUGGACAAGAUCAAAAGUAGAAUACAGGCCGAACAGCCAACCUCUCGAAGACAUCACAACGCACCGGUGUGAUUUUAGAGGGCUCCUGGGGGAACUUCCAAAAAGCUUCAAACCUGAGUACACUAAAAUAGAAUCAAAGGCUCAUUUUAACGGAGUGACAGAAUUCCGUGAUAGCUUUCAACCGUGGGUGGUCUCUUUACCUGAACUCCACAAAGCAAAAGAAUAUAUUCCGCCUGCAGGUAAUAUGGACUUGAACACUACAACCCACCUGGAUUAUACUGAACAUGAAGUCCAUCCACUUGUCCUCAUGAGACCACUAGAAACUACCAGGAAGAAUAAUGUCCCCUUCCAAGGGAACACAACCAUGAGGGACGACUUCCAAGCUUGGGAUGCCGGUCGGCAAGAUAUGAUCAAGAGGCCCCAGGAAAUGAGAAAGCCUUCUGGGAAAUUUGAUGAUAUGACCACUUUCAGAGCUCACUAUGUACCACACAGUAUCAUUCCAACUCAAAGCUGCAAGCCUUCAAAGAUGGCUGUUUCUAGUUCAGCGCCUUUUGAAGCUGGCACCAUGUACCGUUCAGAAUAUAUUCCAAAGAUGCAGGCCAUCUGCCCGGCGACUUACCCAUCUCCUCCAGGAUAUGUUUUUCUCAGCACUGAUUCCCGUGGCCACAAAUUCUUUCGCAAAGCUACACCAGAGCUUAAUAAGAUUGCCCGUGCAAAUGGUAAUCACGUUCCAAAGCAAAUAGCAGUCGUGUCAUAAUCACAGUAGUUUGCAUAUUCUUGCGCAAUCAUGCGGAUGACUAUCAUGUAGCUGGAAAACUAAAUACUCUAAAAUAAGUUCACUAAGGCUUUUUUAAAAAUUGGAAAUCACUACCUUUUUUACAAGAUUGGUGAAGAUUUAGUUAUUUGUAAAAUGUGUGCCAAUGCUUCGGUGGAAUCUCUUUUCUUAAACUGCAUUUUUUAACACCAUUCAAUAGGAUCCUCUGCUUUUGGUGAUUUGGAUUAAAUUGCACACUAUUUUAAUCUACCACAAACACGAUUCUCUCAUCCCAUUUCCUCAGUAUAGGAAUUGGGAGCUGAAGUAGCACACUUGGCAUGUAUGAGCUCCUGGUUUUAAACCCCUGGCAUUUCGAAGGACAGGAUGUCAUGCAGUAAGACCUCAUAAGAAUAGAGCAUCACUUCUAGCAUUAGAUAGCGAUGUCUUGGGUCAGCGUCUCAUUGGCAGGACAAAGUUAUAUCCUAUACAUUCCAAGUAUUGAUUUCAAGCUCCACAGCAGCAACAUAAUAAUCUGCACUAUUUCAAAAGUUUACAAUCAAGGUGUAAUCUAAACUGACGUCUCUCUUUUCCUGUGUGGUAAUAACUGCCACGGGUCUUUGUAGGCCAAUGUGGGACACGGGAGUACGCAAAACCAGCUAAAAACCUGAGCUGUAGCUCAUAAACAGUAAGGCUUUUUUAAUUGGUGGUUCGGAAGGGUCCAUGUAUGUAGCCUAAAUUAUAAUAUAUGUUCCAGUUGCAGGUAUUGUAGGCCACAUGUUGAAAAUCUUUUACAUACAGUUUGUUAUUUGACUUUUGGGGAAUCACAUUCACUUUACACAUUAACAAGUCAACUCACAUGUCACCUAAGCAGUGGCGCAGUGCUUAAGAGCAGGUGUACUCUAAUCUGAAGGUUUGAUUCCCCGCUCUGCCACUUGAGCUGUGGAGGCUUAUCUGGGGAAUUCAGAUUGGCUUGUGCAGUCCAACUCACGCCAGCUGGGUGA